AUGGCGCGAAGUGUUAUUGAAGUUAAACAUCAAAGUGACAUCACACCGACUUUAGAAAUUGAUGACGAAGCAUUAAAAGCAAUAGCAGAGGUGUACAAGAAUGAAGGAAAUGAUGCAUUUAGAAGAGAGGAAUUCAGUAACGCCAUAGUAUUUUACUCGGAAGGAAUUAAGGUGAACUGCAGGGAUGACGAACUUAACGCCAAACUGUACAACAACAGAUCAAUGGCUCAAUUCUAUUCAGGAAAUUUUCGUGAAUCUCUGAAUGACGCAGAAGCUGCCGUUAAGUUGCAGCCAACUUUCAUCAAAGCCAUAACGAGAGAUGGAGGAAGUGAGACAGGCAGUGAAGGACGCGAUCAGAAGAUCGUGGUGUUCGAGUUAACCGAGCAAGUCAUCUAUUUGUCAAGCAAGCAGAAUUAG